UUCCGGCCGUGCGGGGCGCUGGCACAUUCUGAUUGGAGGGCCCCGGCGGGGCGGGGCCGCGUUCCCGCCGUCCCCACGACGACGCGCAGUCGCGUUGUUGGCGUCGUCUGUUCCCGCCGCCCCGCCGGACGGUUGAGGUGGUGUCCUCGCGGGGCCGGGAGCAUGCUGCGCAAGCUCACCCUCGACCAGAUUAACGACUGGUUCACCAUCGGCAAGACCGUGACGGAUGUGGAACUGCUCGGCUCGCCACCCGCCCUCUCGGCCGAGGCGGCCAGGGAGGGGGCCCAGCGCAGGGCCGCGAAGCCCAGCUUCGGCCGCGCAGACGGGGCCCAGGCCCCGGCCCAGCCAGCGUCGUCUUUUCAGAGGCCACCUAGCCAGAAAAGCUCGGAAACAGAAUAUGUUAACAAAUACAGAGAGCUUGAAGCACGAGAAUUCGAUACGUAUGGCAGCAGUCAGUCAACCGGUGGGCCAGGUCCAAGGCCAUCUUUGGCUAAAUUAAGCAAUGUGGCGUGCAUCCCAGAGACAACUUACAAAUAUCCUGAUUUGCCUAUAAAUCGAUGUAAGGAAGAGGUUAUUUCUCUGAUAGAAAGUAAUUCCGUGGUGAUCAUACACGGUGCCACGGGCAGCGGCAAAAGCACUCAGCUGCCACAGUAUGUCCUGGACCACUGCGUCCGGCGCUCGGCCUAUUGCAACAUCGUGGUCACCCAGCCCCGCAGGAUAGGCGCCCGCAGCCUCGCCAGGUGGAUCAGCAAGGAGCGCGCCUGGACGCUGGGCGGUCUGGUGGGCUACCAGGUAGGGUUAGAGAAAAUAGCCACCGAAGACACCAAGUUAAUUUAUAUGACAACGGGUGUCCUGCUUCAGAAAAUAGUCGGUGCUAAGAGCCUGAUGGAAUUCACCCAUGUCUUCAUUGAUGAGGUACACGAGCGAACAGAAGAAAUGGAUUUCCUGCUCUUGGUGGUCCGCAAACUUCUGAGAACAAAUUCACGUUUUGUGAAGGUAAUCCUGAUGUCGGCCACCAUCGACUGCAGAGAGUUCGCGAACUACUUCGCUGUUCCUGUCCAGAACAAGAUGAGCCCUGCGUACGUGUUUGAAGUGGAAGGAAAGCCCCAUCCAAUCGAAGAGUAUUAUCUUGACGACCUGGAGCACGUUCACCACAGCAGGCUUUCUCCUCACAUCCUGGAGGAGCCGGUGAUUACUAAGGACAUCUACGAGGUCGCGGUCUCCCUGAUCCAGAUGUUCGAUGACCUGGACCUGGUGGACAGCGGGAGCAAGAGCAGGCCGGGUACCCAGUUUGUGCUGGAUCGGAGCAGCGUGUUGGUGUUUCUGCCAGGUUUGGGUGAAAUAAACUGUAUGCAUGAACUUCUCACAAACAUGGUUCACAAAAGGUUACAGGUGUAUCCACUCCAUUCAAGUGUGACUUUAGAGGAACAGAAUAAUGUGUUUCUGAGUCCCGUUCCUGGGUACAGGAAGAUCAUUCUGUCCACCAACAUUGCAGAGAGCUCCGUCACGGUUCCGGAUGUCAAGUACGUUAUAGAUUUUUGCUUGACUAGAACUCUGGUUUGUGACGAAGAUACGAAUUACCAGAGUCUGCGAUUGAGCUGGGCCUCCAAAACCAGCUGUGACCAGAGAAAAGGCCGAGCGGGAAGAGUGUCUAAAGGGUACUGCUAUAGACUGAUCCGCAGGGACUUCUGGGACGGCGCCAUCCCCGACCACGCUGUCCCCGAGAUGUUGCGUUGUCCGUUAGGAAGCACGAUACUGAAAGUGAAGUUACUGGACAUGGGAGAACCAAGAGCCUUGCUGGCAACGGCCCUCUCUCCGCCUAGUCUGAGUGACAUUGAGCGCACCGUCCUUCUGCUCAAGGAGGUCGGAGCACUUGCAGUGAGCGCGCAGGGGGAGGCCGAGGGCCCCCAUGACGGCGAGCUGACCUUCUUAGGGAGGGUUUUGGCCCAGCUUCCCGUGAGUCACCAGCUCGGCAAACUCGUAGUCCUGGGGCACGUGUUUGGGUGUCUGGACGAGUGUCUCAUCAUAGCCUCGGCGCUUUCCUUGAAGAAUUUUUUUGUGAUGCCUUUUAGGCAGCAACUUGAUGGAUACAGGAACAAAAUGAAGUUCUCUGGCAGCAGCAAGAGCGACUGCAUAGCGCUCGUGGAGGCGUUCAGAACUUGGCAGGCGUGCAGGCAGAGAGGAGAGCUUCGGCACCCGAAGGAUGAACUUGACUGGGGACGGUUAAAUUACAUUCAGAUCAAGAGAAUUAGAGAGGUGGCUGAGUUAUACGAAGACCUGAAGAAUCGGGUCUCGCAGUUCAACAUGCACGUGGACCCGCAGCGGCCCGUGGUGGACCAGGAGUACGUGUGGAAGCAGCGCUUCAUCCUGCAGGUUGUAUUGGCAGGUGCUUUUUACCCAAAUUACUUCACUUUCGGACAGCCGGACGAGGAGAUGGCGGUGAGGGAGCUGGCCGGCAAGGACCCGAGGACGACUGUCGUGCUGAAGCACAUCCCUCCCUACGGGUUUCUCUACCACAAACAGCUGCAGUCUCUCUUCAGACAGUGCGGUCAAGUCAAAUCCAUUGUGUUUGACGGGACAAAAGCCUUUGUGGAGUUCUCCCGGAACCCGACAGAGAGGUUUAAGACCCUGCCGGCCGUGUACAUGGCCAUCAAGCUGUCUCAGCUGAAGGUCGCCCUGGAGCUGCGCGUCCACGCGGCGGGGGAGGUCGAGGGCAAGGUGCUCGGAGGGGCCGUCUCGAAGCUCAGGAACACAAGGUAUUUUCAGAAGGUGGUCGAGGUGGGACACUUCUGGGGAUACAGGACCGAUGAGAAACACUCCAGGAUUCUGAAAAAGCUCGCUGCUGAGAUCAGCCGGCUGAGCCUGGCGCCCUUGCCCGUCCACCCGCACCCGGACCUGGUCUGCCUCGCGCCUUUCGCUGAUUUGGAUAAAGAAAGCUACUUCAGGGCUCAGAUCCUGUAUGUUUCUGGGACUUCCGCUGAGGUGUUCUUCGUGGACUACGGCAACAGGUCCCGCGUGGAGCUGGGUCUUCUGAUGGAGAUCCCCUGUCACCUGCUGGAACUCCCCUUUCAGGCGCUGGAAUUUAAGAUCUGCAAGAUGCGCCCGUCCGCCAGGUCCCUGGUGUGCGGCGAGCCCUGGAGCACUGCGGCCGGCCGCCGCUUCGCCUCCCUGGUGGGCGGCGGCCCGCUGCUCGUGGAGGUCUUCUCCGCCGUGCACGGCGUCCUGCACGUGGACGCGUUCCGCUGCGCGGGGACCCUGGCCGCCGCCAGCGUGCGCGACACCCUCAUCCGGGAGGGCCACGCCGAGCUGGCCGAGGAGCCCUACGAGUCCCGACAAAGCCAUGAGGCGCUCAAGGGCCUCUUCUCCAAGGCCACGGAGAGCGCAGCGGGCGUGUCCAUGUCCUUGCCCGUGAAAGAGGAUGAAAAGCACCUGAUUCAGAUUUUGUUGGAGAGCUUUACUUCUAAUAAGCUGGGUGCCCCCAGCUGCAAGGCAGUACUCCACGGGCCUUUUAACCCUUAUGAGCUGAAGUGUCACAGUCUGACCAGAAUAUCCCGGUUCAGGUGUGUUUGGAUCGAGAAGGAAAGCAUCAACUCCAUCGUCAUCGGCGACGCCCCCGAGGACCUUCACCAGAGGAUGCUGGUCGCAGCUUCCCUUUCGGUCAACGCGACGGGGUCCACCAUGCUGCUGGGAGAAACGACCCUGAUGCCGCACAUCCCCGGCCUCCCGGCCCUCCUCAGCGCGCUGUUUGCGCCCACGAUGGAGCUAAGGGUUGAUCAGGACGGAAAAAGCUACACUGGAGCCCUUUGUGGUCUGGGGUGGAAUCCAACCACGGGGGCCCCUGUCCUGCCAGAGCAUGACAUUGAGCUGGCGUUUGACGUCCAGCUCAGCGGGGAGGAUAUCAUAGAGAUUAAUAUUCUCAGGGCUGCUAUUAACAAGCUGGCGUGUGAUGGACCGAAUGGAUCCAAGUUUCUCGGGCCUGAAAGAAUCGCCCAGUUACAGGAUAGCGCUCGUCAGAAGCUUCUAGGUGUGUUCUGUCGGUUGAAACCAAGACAGAGAGUUGUCCCUAAGUGGCAUGAAAAGCCGUACGAAUGGAAUCAGGUGGAUCCAAAGCUGGUCGUGGAGCAGGCCGACCGGGAGAGCAGCCGAGGCAAGAGCACCUUCCUCUACCAGCUCCACAAACUGGUCAUCCUGGGCACCUAGGCGGGCCGGGCCCCGCUCCCCCGAGGAGCCAGACCCGCCGUGGGCCUCGUGCGCAGACGGACUCUUCUCUGUGUCUGAGCGCUCCCGGGUUUGCCCGCCCGUCCUGGUUCCUCUUCUGUGUGGCUGGAGAGUGGUAUUUCUGUUCCAGUGGGAAGGAUUGGAAAGUCUAGUCUUUUCUAGAAAUAGAAACUCACCAUGUUAAAGAUUCUGGGAUAAAAGCAUUCUGAAAGGUUUUGUUUGGAAGAAGAGCUAUAUUUUGCUUUAAAUUAGUUAAGGUAAGGAGAUAUAGCUGAUCUUACAUGUAAGGUUCCAGAAUGUGCUAGUAUGUUCUAUUUGGUUAUAGUGAUUUAAACCUGGGAUACAGGCAGAACCACGAGCCCCAAACCCCGUAAGAGGGAGCUGCGUGUUUCUCAAAACCGUGUGGCAUUCUCUAAUUUUCUUUUCCAUGAGGGAAAAUAUUUAAUUUUGGUAAAACUAACUUCAGUUCUGUAUAUUUUAUAUUUUUGUUUAUGCUGUAAUUCUGGAAAUUGGAGAGAUUACCUGGCAACUAGUAUUAUCUGUGUUAAAGCAAUAAAAGCAUUAGACUAA